AUGUCUGUCAGUCGCCCCCCACUGCAUCGCCCAACGGAUGGCCGUUCGCAACAACCCCUCCUCAAGGAUGACCACCAUCGCCGAUCUCGAUCAAGCUUUGGACACCACGAUACAGAAGCUCGCCCUAUGCUACAUCAUACAAGACGCCCGACCUUUCGGAGUAAAAGUCCGGAGCAUGAUGCUGCCCAGGCAACCAAGAAGAAGUACAUGGUGGCAUCGGGGUUCCUCGUCCUAAGCCUGGUUAGCUUUGUGGUUCAAACAGAGACGGCCUCGUACAUUCAAAAUGACCUGGGAUGGAAGAAACCUUACUGCAUGCUCUACAUGACCCACGGCUCCUGGUCUCUUCUUUGGGUGGUUCAACUCGGCAUCCUCCGGUUACAGAAACGUGGGCUGUCGUGGGAUGCUUUCUGGCGUCGUCAUGUCUCGCUUGUUCGCACCACUGCGCAAAUGGUGGAAUCUCAAGAGGUACACCUGAGCACCCGCUCAUCUCAUCGCUCGCCCGUCCGCUACAUGAUUCGAACAACCGCUUUUGUGACCACGGCUCUCACCAUCGCAGGAGGAUCAUGGUACGUGGCCGUGAACAUGACUACGGCCAGUGAUCUCACGGCGAUCUACAAUUGCUCCGCCUUUUUCGCGUAUGCGUUCUCGAUUCCGCUCUUGAAUGAGAAGCUCCGAUUCGAUAAGGUGUUCUCUGUAGCCGUGGCUACCAUUGGUGUGAUGGUGGUUGCAUAUGGAGACCGACCAGAGAAGAAGGCAUCGGAUGGCGAAAACACGUCGGAUAACAGUGCGCAGAAUAGACUGUUAGGAAACAUCGUUAUUGGCAUUGGGAGUAUUCUCUAUGGUCUAUAUGAGGUUCUCUACAAGCGCUUCGCAUGCCCCCCGGAGGGCACCAGUCCUGGCCGAGGCACCAUUUUCGCCAACACCUUUGGCAGUCUGAUCGGAUGUUUCACCUUGUCAGUCCUGUGGAUCCCGAUUCCACUAUUACACUGGUUGGGGUGGGAAACCUUUGAAUGGCCAACGGGCGAGGCGGCAUGGAUGCUGAUCAUUUCCGUCGCUGCCAAUGCCACAUUCUCUGGCUCGUUCCUUGUCCUCAUCUCCCUCACCUCACCCGUCCUUUCCUCUGUGGCGGCUCUCCUUACGAUUUUCCUUGUCGCGCUGGUGGACUGGUUCCGCACCGGCGAGCCACUCUCUAUGGCAUCCAUUAUCGGAGGUGUCUUGAUCAUGGUGGCGUUCUUCAUGCUGAGCUUUAGCACCUACCGGGAGCUCAGCGAGGAACGAAAGAAGCAUCUUGAGAACGACGAUGUCGAGUCGGACAGCGACCUAUAG